AUGCAUCGCAGAGAGGGUCCUCACUGCCUUCACCGUCUGAGUCCGAUCUACAUUUAUUUACCUAAGUCAAACGAUCCCUCCACCCGCUUAAAUUCAAGUAAAACUAGGACAACACAGUCGCGCGGCAGGCAACGCCGCACCCAACCCCGAAACAGCGAAUCCUCGCGUUACGGUGAGAUCUACAGCCCUGACGUCACCCUCACGGAGACGCUCGCGAGACUGGAGAGUGGGUGGUGCGAGCGGUGGUUUGCGCUUCUCGGCCAGGACGGGGCGGAGAGGACGCCUCUCCACCACGCCCGCAGCCUCUCUGCUGCCGACCGUGCCUCAGGAGACCCGGACCCACAGCUGAGCCCGAAGCUCCGUGAGGAGACCGAGGCGUCGCAGGUGAUGGCGGAGACGGUGGAGCGGAGCUUGGAGGCCGUCGCGCUCCCACCGCCCCAGCUCGCACAGGAGGGGGGAGCGCCCCACGACCCCGCGGGCUGUGGCCAUGCCCCCAAGAUCCGAGGCGGUGCGGAUCGCGGUUGCGUAGCGACCACAGCGGGGCAAGAAGAGGCUCCGCCUCCCACGGAGGGCCUGGAAGCGGCGUCUGCGUCCGUGGCAACGGACAGCAGCCUGGAAAACGGCUGUCAGCGUCGCGAGUCGGGCGGGGAGAAGGCUCUAGAAGCCUGUGGCGCAGAGAAGUCCGGGUCUGAGGUGAUGGCGGAGGCGAGGGCCGAGGAAGCGAAGACCGAAAAGUGCCCCGUCUUCUCGGGAGCAGGGGAUGAGGAGGACGGAGGGAGGCAGGCGAUGGAGGUCGAGGAGAGGCCAGUAGGUGAAGAAACGGAAAUGGUGGAGGAAACCAGAGCGGCGGAGGAGGUGCGGGGGGAGGCAGGGCCCCCGCCCCUGGGCGUGGGUCUCCGCAUGAACCCCCUGGAGGCCAUCCAGCUGGAACUGGACACGGUGAAUGCGCAGGCUGACAGGGCCUUUCAGCAGCUGGAGCAGAAGUUUGGACGCAUGCGUCGACACUACCUGGAGCGCAGGAACUACAUCAUUCAGAAUAUCCCGGGCUUCUGGGUCACAGCCUUUCGGAACCACCCCCAGUUGUCCCCCCUGAUUAGGGGCCGGGAUGCGGAGAUGUUAAGAUACGUAACCAAUUUGGAGGUGAAGGAGCUCAGACACCCUAGGACUGGCUGCAAGUUCAAGUUCUUCUUUCGAAGAAACCCCUACUUCCUAAACAAGCUGAUUGUCAAGGAAUAUGAGGUCAGAGCCUCUGGCCGGGUGGUGUCUCUUUCCACUCCAAUCAUAUGGCGCCAGGGCCGUGAACCCCAGUCCUUCAUUCGCAGGAACCAAGACGUCGUGUGCAGUUUCUUCACCUGGUUUUCAGACCACAGCCUUCCGGAGUCUGACAGGAUUGCUGAGAUUAUCAAAGAGGACCUGUGGCCAAAUCCACUGCAGUACUACCUGUUGCGGGAAGGAGCGCGCAGACCCAGACGUCGCCCGAUAAGAGAGCCAGUGGAGAUCCCCAGGCCCUUUGGGUUCCAGUCUGGUUGAACUUUGCCCUUGGGAAUGCUCCCGCACAAGGUCCCCUCCCACCUCUUGCUGGACCUGUGCUUGGG